AUGCGCCUGUUACACACCACUACAUACGAGCUGGAAGAGUUUAUCGGGGAUACAAUCCCCCCAUAUGCCAUUUUAUCCCACACCUGGGAAGGGAAGGAGAAGAAGAUCGCAAACGCCUGCCAGGUAGCACGUCGGCGAUUUUUCAAAUACAUUUGGAUCGAUACUUGCUGUAUCGAUAAGUCUAGCAGCGCCGAGCUUCAAGAGGCUAUCAACUCCAUGUUUCAGUGGUAUGCCUAUGCUGAGGUUUGCUUCGUCUCCUUGAGCGAUCUUGAACCGCUAUCAUGUCCCUAUCCAGAGGAAAUCGACUUUAGGAAUGAUCCCGCCAGGGUGAGCCAAAGCCGUUGGUUUACAAGAGGCUGGACCUUGCAAGAGCUUCUGGCGCCAGCGAAAGUGGAGUUUUACGACAGGACUUGGUACUUUCGGUUUACUCGUGGGAGUCAAGCUGCAGACAUUAUGUCCAAGAUCAAAAUCAAUGAGCAUCUAAGGAUGUCGUGGGCGGCUGGGAGACAGACUACAAGAAUCGAAGACCAAGCCUACUGCCUACUCGGAGAGUGA